CACACACACACAUACACAUGCUGUUAUACGGUUCAAAACUACCUUAAAUUACACAAGUGAGUCUCUUUACAGUGUUUAUGUUCUGGCACCAUCAACUUUUUCUUCUGCUCACAACUUUGGAAACCAGCAAUGUUGCGAGCGGUCUGCUAGCUUCCUGUCACCCCAGACAAUGCACACAGUUUACAGUCAAAAAAGAUAAAGGCAACACAUACAUACUUCCUGUUUCAUCUGCAGCAUCCUGAAUAUACAUUUCCAAUGGAUCUCCUUCUGAUGAAAACUUAACUGCUUUGAGUUUGACUGCAACAUUCUGCCAGAAACUGUGACACCAAGCCAGUGGGACUUUUCUGCUCAACAGAGACUUUUUUAAAGCGGCAUGGCUGACCCUACGAUGGAUCGUACAUCCUCCACUCAGACUGUGCUGAUCCUUUUUUUCUGCCUAAUGGGCUUAAUUUUAUUGUUGAUCUUCUUGUACAAGAAGUUGAACAAGGAGGCUAAUGGAGAAUAUACUGUGCGGCGCUUGGUGUAUAAGGAAGGAGGGAUCAGGGACCGGGUCAGAGGCACAGCUUUAGCUCUAGGGACACGUUUCGGAGUCCAGCUGUGGCCUCAAAGUGAUACUGGGGAGGAUGAAGAGGAAAUGCAGGAAGUCCGAUUUGAGGAUGUAAAGUCGGAUGAGGGUGGUAGCCAGGGGAGUUACAGCGAGGGAGAUGACCAAGAGGAGGAGGAGGAGGAGGAGGAUGGAAAAGGAGGUGACACUUCAGAUGAUAACUCAAGUUUGGAGGGUUCGGAGGCCGGGGGGCAAGCUAGGCCAACAGACGAGGAAGAGGCAACAGAUCAGGAAGAGGCAAAGGGAGACACAGAGGAGAAAGUGGGAGGUGAGGAAGGUAAAGGUGAAGCAAGUGGAGGGGCUGGAAUGUUGGUAGAUAUAAAGUCGUUCUCUGGUAGUGCCAUCUGGUCUGAGGAAGAGGGAGGUAAGGGCAAGGACAGUGAUAUGACUGCACUGUGAGAACAGAAUUUUAAAAAAUCAUUAAACACAAGGGAGGCUUAAGAAAUGGUCUUAAACAGUACUGAGGUCAUGAGUCCAAAUUCCCUAAUUAGCUGUUAAAAUAUAUCUUUCGGUAAAUUUUAUUUCCAAACAUAAAUGUCUAUAUGCUGUUACACACUGGGAAGGCCUAAAAGUACUGGAACC